AUGAGCGGAAGCAAGCUCUCAGUGUCAAGCGUGCGGGGCUCCAUCAAAGAGCUUCUCGCCGAUGCCAAUGGCGAGAAGAAGCGUAACUUUGUCGAGACUAUCGAGCUUCAGAUUGGUCUCAAGAACUACGACCCUCAGAGGGACAAGCGUUUCUCUGGAACCGUGAAGCUCCCGAACGUCCCCCGCCCUCGCAUGUCCAUUUGCAUUCUCGCUGAUGCUGCCGACAUCGACCGUGCCAAGCAGAUCGACCUCGAGUACAUGUCUGUGGAUGAUUUGAAGAAGCUGAACAAGAACAAGAAGCUUGUGAAGAAGCUCGCCAAGAAGUACGAUGCUUUCUUGGCCUCUGAGACUCUCAUCAAGCAGAUUCCUCGACUCCUCGGUCCCGGUCUCUCUAAAGCCGGCAAGUUCCCCACACCUGUGGGGCAUACUGAGGACUUGAAUACCAAGCUCACCGAGGUCCGCUCGACCAUCAAGUUCCAGCUGAAGAAGGUGCUUUGCUUGGGUGUUGCGGUUGGCCACGUCCAGAUGACCGAUGACCAAGUCCUCGGAAAUGUCAUGCUCAGCAUUAACUUCUUGGUCUCUCUGCUCAAGAAGAACUGGCAGAACGUCAAGUCGUUACACAUCAAGUCGACGAUGGGCAAGCCUAUCCGACUCUUCUAA